CGGUGGGGAACGGCGUCGUCGUAGCUGCUGCCGCCGGCGCCGCGUAGAAUGGAGAGCGAGAUGCACGCGACGGCCGAGAUACUGUGGCUCGCCGAGGUCGAGUAUUGCUACCAGAGGCCUGCCCUCGGCGUCAUCGUGGAGGAGUUGGAGGAUAGCGGUCUAGAGCCGUCCUGGCGUGGUUCGAAACCCGACUGGCAAGCCCUGCAGCUUGCCGUACCGAAAGAACACGGCGACGCGUCGGGCAGCGGUCCGGCGGCAGCGGCAGGAGUGCAUGAGGCCGUACGGGUAGACGCAGACUGUGGCACCGCGGAAGGCGCCGCCACGGCAGCGGUCGCAAGUCGCGCGUUAGAACCUGCUCGGGAUCGCGGUUCCAGUCACCGGAGCGCGGAUGGCGAUGAUGUAUUCGAGCGAGCGACCGUUGUCGGCGCGAGUGAUGAGUCAUUAACAGGUGGCAGCGCGCCAGAGCAGAGGUCGAGGUAUUUCCCGGGAGGUGUGAACGACGAUGCGGUGGCAUUGCAUUGUGAGCCGGCAUCAACUGGGCCCUUGUGUGAUGUUACUGCAAGUGCAUCAGAUGGCAAUGUCGCAUUAUCCCAAGCCGAAACCACACAGGAUAGUUUGGUCAGCGGAGAGCUCUUUCAUAGAACCACAUCCCCGGAUCCAAAUACAUUCAGUCAUUCCAGUCAGGUGAGCAUGGAUGACGGAGGGAUGGACGCAACAGCACAGUGGCCACGCCCACGCGUCGUGAAGGUGGGCCGCACAGCAGAAGGCUUUGGAUUCACGCUGCGUCAUUUCAUCAUCUAUCCGCCGGAAUCCGCGAUCCAUUCAUCACUGGGAGGAGCCGGGGAAGAAAAACGCGACAACGAAGCGCGGCAGCGACGCUAUGGCCAGCUCAGCGACCUGGAGCCUGUGGAUACCAUCUUCGUGAAGCAGGUGAAAGAGGAAGGGUCAGCAGAGCGGGCUGGUCUGCAGACCGGUGACCGCAUCGUUGCAGUCAACACCGAGCCAGUCACGGGCAAGACCUACGCGCAGGUUAUCGACCUCAUACAGUCGUGUGAAACAGAUCUGACCCUGUUGGUUGUGCCAAAGGAUGUAGAUAUUUUACAAAUGGCUUACCCAAAGUCGGCAUACAUGUACAGCCGGGGCCACGACCCCUACACUGGUCGAGCCACCAACAUUCCCCGUCCUCCUCCCCUGUACACAUCUCACUUCUCCCCACCACCUUUCACUUCACAACCUUCUCCAUUCCCUGCAGAAGCCAGUGUGCCACAGCCGUUUGAGGAGUCAGCGCAGCCCCAGCCAGCAAGGUAUCGCUCAGAAGUUACCAUCCCUUCUCCCAGUAGUCAGUCAGCAGCUCAGGUCUCUCUGUCACCACCAAAGCGACGUCACCGGGUAAGCCCCGCCCUCCUUUCUCUAGGGCCUGCCCCCUAUGCUCGACAGGCUAGUAAGAUCAAGCAGAGCAGUUUCUUCAAUUCACCAGACGGCCGGAGAUAUCAGGCGGAUGAACUGGAGCAAGAGAUGAAGGACCAUCCAGAAACAGGAUUUCCAACAGCACCAAGUCCGCAGAACUUUACGACGGUGCCGCCACUGGGCUCAGCUGCACCCGUAGCCAUACCUCCCCAUGUAGCGGGUGCAGACAGCAACAGUGCGGCAUCGCGCGUGUUUAACACACAGGUGCCAAUGUCCCAGUCUGCGUACCCAGGUUGGGACCACCCUGCGGCCAGCGACGCUGCCGGUGUUAGCGGCAGCGGCGCGAACGAAGAUCGAACUAGUGCGACGGCGGGCAACGGCGGCCAGGCGGGCCAGCGGUCGACGCCGCCGCCGCGGCCGCUGGGGUUCGGCAGCGAGAGCAUCCGGCGCUCGCAGGAGCGGCUCAAGCAGGCGGCGCAGGAGCACGACGCGGCGCACAGCGUGAAGCUGCGCAUCCCGCCGGCACGCGACGUCGCCGGCGUCUACGUGAAGAAGGCCGUCGACCACCUGUACGGCAAGAACUCGCUCGAGUCGUGCCGCGCGCAGGAGGCGCUCAACCUCGCGACGAGCGACGACCCGGCCGCGCAGCAGCGACACGCGCAUAAGUACGGCCGCUCGCCGACGGCGCCGCUGCUGCGCGGACGCACGAGCUUCGACCUGCGGCCGCGGCACGACAACGCCGCCGCGCCAUGCGCGCCCGUCUUCUCGCAGUGCCCCGCGUCGGUUGCCAUCACCCGGUCGGCGUACCCGUCGCCGUACGCGCCCGCCGAGACGCCGCCGCCAGGGGGCGCAGUCGCGGCGGUGGCGGCAGCACCGGAGAUGCGGCGCGCGCCGAGCCUGCGCAAGCAGGUCGCGAACAGCGCGAGCCUUGACAGCAUCCACACGACGGCGGGGCUGCGGCAAAUGCCGUCGCUCGCCGAGCUCAUGAAGACCGGCAAGCUGAACUACAACGAGCACUCUGGCGUCGGCGGCGACGACGACGCGCGCUACAAGUCGGACACGCACCUGCUCGCCGUUCCCGAGCCGAAGCGGCUCAGCUACACGGCGAGCCUCAGCAAGAUUCACGAGGAAAUCGUCGCGCAGAGCCUCGAGGCGAAGCCGUCGCGGCCCAUCUGCACGCCGUGGGUGCAGAACGGCGUGCAGAGCGGCCGCUCGGCGAUCCAGGCCGCCAAGCGCGCGUUUCUCAUCCAGGCGGGCCUGCUCGACAAGGAGAGCCUCGAGCCGGUCUCGCCGCCGUUCACGAUGAAGGGGGCGCCGGCGGCGGUGCAGCGGCGUGAGGCGGCGGCGGCGCCGGCGUUGCAGACGCAGCACGCGCGCCGACAGUUCCUUGGCGUGACCGUCAACGAGGACUACGUUCCGGCGCCGCUGUCGUCGUCCGGCUCGUGGGGAUUCGCUUCCGGUGAGGCGGCCGCCGCCGCCGCGACAAAACCCGACACGCUGCCCGCCGUGCAGGUGACGCCCCCUGGCGACGGCAAGGAGAAGGUGAAGCCGCCGCUGCGUAAGCGCAUGACGACGCCGGAGCUGCGCGUGCCGAUCAGCCGGUCGUUUACGCAGCUCGACGUGAUGCCGCAGCAGAGCGACGAGGAGCGCAUCGCCGCGCUUAGGCUCGUGCAGCAGCGGCACAAGCAGUUUGAGUCGGGCAGUCUAGAUGAGAUCGCAGCACGAGGUAAAGCACAUACGAAUUACAAGGAAGAGGCUGAGAAGGUGGCCGCUCUGAGCAUGCACAACGUUGCUUACAGGGCCACGCUAUUUGGCCUCAGUGUCGAAGAACUCGAGAGGAUCGAAAAGCAGAAGGAUAAGCAGAAGAGGACACACGACCAGCAUCAAGUACCGAAGCUGCUGGUUCGACGAGCUUCCCUCGAUUUGGCCCCGUCCAUGCCAAAUAGCAAGCAACAUGUGGAACCCGCCCCCCUCAUCACCAUCACCAAGGAAAUCAUGGAUGCUGCUGCCGAAGCUGAUCUGCUGCAUUCAACAGAAGAGGAGAGAAAGAGAACAAGAGCCGUUCGCCAGAACUCCUACCUCUCUGCUGUCGCCUCGCCAUACAAGAAGGUGUUGCAGCGACCGAGUCUGCAACUGGUCUCUGAUCAUUACUUGUACAUGGAUGAGUUGAAUGGUGGUAUGGCCCAGACGUUUGAAGAAGAUGAGGAAGAGAUUGAGGAUGAAGAUGAGGAUGAGUUCAUGGCUAGGCUGAUGCAGAAGCGUGUAGCAGGCAGUGAGCCUAGCAGUGACGCUAGUGACCCCAACAGUGACCUUGGCAUUGGCGAGCCAAACAUGGAAACAUUCAAUUUGAACUUGAGCUCCUUUGCUGCCCUCAUUCAGCAGUUUGAUGCAAUGCUCGGAGUCGAAGGCCUGCCACCAAGCAGUGCUUCUGACACGACUGUCACGUCCAUGGCAAGCGUUACUCUGCGAGCAAAGUCGCAGGAACUUAGUGUCGAAGAUGCUGAAAAAGCCUUGAGGAGAAGCUCUUACAUUAUGGCCACCCACAGUGCCGAGGAUCUCCGCAAAGACCAUACACCGCAUAAGAGCUCAAGCAUAAAAAAAUUAAAGGCCUUCUUUGGAGAGAGGACGCCUCACAUAGUAGAGGCUGCAUCACAGCAUGAAAAACCAUCACGAGAUCUUCCCAGCCCCAUGUUCGAUGUGAUAAAAGAAGGAUACCUCCACCUGAAGAAAUUUAUAACAGAUGGAAAGAGAGCCAGUGAUAGGUCUUGGAAGCCAUUUUAUGUUGUGCUAAGAGGCCAUGCCCUAUAUUUGUAUAAGGACAAAAAAGAAUCUGCAAUGCCACCAUUAAACUACGACGAGCCACCCAUCAGCAUUAAGUCGGCCAUUAUUGACAUCGCACAUGAUUACACAAAGCGGAAGUACGUGUUCCGACUGACGACCUACAAUGGCUCGGAGUACCUCUUACAGACAGAAGACAUCCCGUCCAUGAUGCUGUGGAUACAAGCCAUACAGGCUAAUAGCAAUCCAGAUGGAGACGACCAUGGAGUUGACACAGCACAGCUGAUUAUUAGGAAGAGCAGUCUAUACGAUGGUCAGACACGUUCACCUCAGCCCGUGCAAAAGGGCAGCACCAGACGCCUGCCGUUCAGACAGAAGUCUGUCAGUUCCCCCUCAAGGUCACCCAGCUUCAAGAUCCGGAAAUCCUCAUCACAAGAGAGAGAUGUCUCACCUAAAGUCAAAGAAGGAUCAAAAAGCUGGAAGGGCAAGAUGGUGAAAGGGCUGAAAAAGUGGAGUCACCACGGGCCUCACUCUCACAUUGAGCCUGAGUUGGCAGGUCACACGAUAGGUGUUCCAUUAGAGAUGUGCCCGCCGUCCGCCAACAAUGAGUUUGUUCCGCUGCUCGUGGACAUCUGCACGACGGUAGUGGAGCACCGAGGGCUGGACGUGAUCGGCGUCUACCGUAUCCCCGGCAACACGGCCGCUGUCGCCCACUUGACCGACGACGUCAACAAGGGCCUCGAGAACAUCAACCUUGACGAGCAGAAGUGGAAGGAGAUCAACGUCGUAACGAGCCUUCUCAAGUCUUUCUUUAGAAAAUUGCCAGAGUCAAUGAUUACAAAUGACAUGUAUCCGGAUUUUCUACAAGCUAAUAGAGAUCCAGAUUCAAGACAGCGAAUGUUACGAUUAAAGAAACUGAUACAAUUGCUGCCCGACCACAACUAUGAGACAUUGAAGCAUAUAACUAACCAUCUCAGGAAUGUCGCUGCAAACUCAGAUAAGAACAAGAUGGAAGAGAAGAACUUAGCUAUAGUGUUCGGACCAACGAUAGUGAGACAGUCAGGGGAGAGCAUGAUGAGCAUGGUGACGGAUAUGUCUGACCAGUGUCGCAUCGUUGAGACCCUGCUUUCACACGGUGACUGGCUGUUCAAUGAGGUUGAUGAUGCGAUGCACAACGAUAGCGUUCCAAUGGAGGUCGGCAACACAAUGCGCAUGGCGACUGAUACGAGCCGGCCCUCAAACCUCAAUCUUCUGAUACAAAACGUGUCCAAGACGGAAGCAUUACAUUCUCCAGAACAAGAGCACUACAUCAAGAAGGACAUCGUGUCAUCGAUCAUAUCGGCAGCCAGCAGGAAGAAGAUUAAAAAGAAGGAGCCCGCGCCGCGGCAGUACUACGUGUCCGAUGACAGCGACAUGAGUGAGAUAUUCAGCGAGCGCAACAUCGACCAGGAGAUUGAGCUGCGCCAGCGGAGCCGGCCGGCGGGCGGCAGCGGCGGCGGUGGUGGUGGCAGCAGCAGCGCGCGUGGCACGGCCGUGGGCCAGCGAGGUGCACUGGAGAGCCAGAGCUCGACGGACACGGGCGUGUCAUCGUGGGCAUCGCCACCCCCAGCCACCCCCACGGACUCCUCGACGAAGGCCUCCUCACGCCAGAGCUCAUCCAGUUUCACCUCGACGCGGAAAGGUUCUCAAAGCUCCGAUGUCAAGUCUCCCGAGGAGAGUUCCGACGAGACGUCGCUGCGCUCCUCUUACUCGAUCAAGUGGCCGUCGCCGUUCACUCGCUCCUUCACGACGUACCACAACAACAAGCAGGUGGCGAGCCCGCGCGCGCGCAAGUCCUCGCAGCCGGACGACGCCGUCGCCGCCGCCGCGUCGUCGAUCACCAACGUCAUCCUGCGGCGCCAGUGCGACGACCGCCUCAAGCGCGACGCCGAGCGCAAGAAGGUCGAGAAGGAGUGGCAGCGUCUGAAGGAGGUCCUCGCGCGCGAGGACGACGACGGCGCCGGCGGCGGAAAGUACGACGCCUUCAACACGAACGCGAACAGCAACGUCGUCGAGGAGCGGCCGCCGCCGCGCCGCUGCCGCGCCGACUCCGCCUCCGACUACUCGACGACGUCGUCGUCCAACAACGAGUUGUCCACGGGCAGCGAGCAUCAGCUACGCGCGACGACGACGAGUCGAGCGCGUACGAACUCGCUCGACUCCGGCGCCUCGAUGGAAUGCGUCUUCGCCGGCAAGAAGUCGGCGUCGGCGUCGCCGCGGCGACCGAAUCGCGCGCUGCAGCGCUCGAUGCCGCACGGGCGAGACGCCGAGUCGCAACAGCCCGCCCACCAUGGCUCCCUGGACUCCCUGUGCAGGGAGCAUCACAGCAUCCGCUCAUCGGCCUCCUCCGUCUCCGAGGACGGAACAGAGCUGCUUAACACUGCUAGCUUCGAUCAGAAACUAAAGAUCCUGUUAGACCCAAAGUACAGGCUCGGCGACGCCAGUCUUGAACUGACGGGCAGCAACCGACCGUGCAGACAUGGCGUUUCGGUUCCGUCGAAAUCCGAGAAGACAGCGAUGAACCUGGGCAAGCGCGAGGCGCAGAAGCGAAAGUCUCUGUCACCGCAGCUGCAGAGGAAGGCGCCCAACAAAUCUUGCGUGAAGCGGCGCCACACAGUAGGGGGAACCGCGUGGGCGGCCGUCGAGUCCACUUACAACUUUAACAACUCGAAACUUUCUGACUCGCAGGAGAAGGAGAAGGUGUACAUCAACACAACUCACAUAGUGGUGGCAGAAGCUAGGAUGGUACCACCGAUCCGAGAGCAGAGAAGUUGCAAGUAUUUGCCACAGCAGGCCUCUGUCAUACAUUUGACACCCCAGCUGAAUAUGGAGUCAAGUGUAUAG